CAAUGCCAAUGGGGCAGGAUGGCGGCAUUGGGAGCCAAACGCAGCAAUCAAAAGCAUUUCAAAUUGGACAGGUUGAGACUUAAUGCCACCAUGCAGCGUGUCACAGUCUGAACAGGAUUGAAGCAGAGCUAAAAGAGAGGAUGGGCAAGAGUAAGUUUCACAAGUCGGAGAAGGCUGCGCGAACUCUUAGUUUUUUCCAAUCCAACUCAAUUGCGCCAGCAUCAAGCAAGGUAACACCCGAGAGUAGCUUCCUGCAAGAUGCUGUUGUGGCACGGCAGCUCCUAUCAACAGCUGUCUGGCAAGGCAACUUCGAUACCCUGAUCGAUCAGUUGGAAGUCCUGAAGACAGGUGAUGAAGCCCGAUGCCUGGCAGCGCUCAACAAGCUCACCUCAGACAAAGCUCUGCUAGCAUCUGUGGCAGCAGUUGAAAGCUUGACGGAGCAACUUGCCAAGGAGCUGCACAACCUCAUUCUUGCCAGAAGCAGUGGCAAGAAAGGCAAGAGCGGAGCCACAGCUUCGAAUAGAAAGAAGACCUGUGUUUCAACAGAAGCAAGCAGUCCAGUCAGCAAUGGAGUCCAGCCUGGAGAGAAGACGACCACCACUGCUGCCUCCGAGGAGCCAGUGCCUGUAUGCAAAAAGGAGAAUGACAAAGCGCUUUCAGCGCAGGUCGAUUGCUGUCCAGAAGAAGAGGAGGUUGAUGACAGGAUGGGAGCUCCCAAUUAUUUCAGUACAGCUCGCGAAGCACCGGAGGGAUCUGAGCCUGAAGCAUCUGCAACAAAAGACAACCCCCUCAACAAGUUACUGGAAACACAGGGAUGCACCACUGCGGAUCUGCAGAAGAUCUGCAAGCAAUCUCCCGUGGAGCUGGUUUCCCAAACAGUGGCUAUGCCAGGUAUUUUGGUGCCAUCUCCGGGUCUGAGGCUCCUUGGAUCGUCAAAGGCUUUGGCUCUGAUAUCAGCUCCUGAGAGCUUGGAGAUUGCUCCCAUCUUCAUUGCCAGCCGAAGAAGGGCAGAUGUAGCACACUUGAAUCUGGCAGUGCCAUGGAUGCUAGCAGACAAGAAGCAUGUGGUGCUUUUAACAAUCGAGCCCUCAGAUGAAGCAGCAUACAGGAAGUGGGCCGAGCAGUCCGAGAGGCACAUCCUUGUCGUGCUGCCAGAAGAUGGACGGGGCAUCGGAUACGCAAGACGUUGGAUACAGGAUGUUGCUGCUCACCUGAAGCUGAAAAGAUACUGGCAGAUGGACGAUAACGUUUGUGCCAUUCGAGACCAGGACGAGAUCAUUCCUGCCCAUCGUGUCAUGGAGCUCCUUCAAGGCCUAGAGCCCCGCUCUUUGAUCAGCGUGGUGCAUCCUUCCUGCAAGCUUUUCGUGUGGUACCCGAUGGUGCUUCUCUACACACCGCUCAAGUCCCCACGUUUUAAGGCCGUGUUCAAUGAGCGAGAGCGGGUGGCUGACGCAGAGUGGGUGGACUUCACCGAGCAAGUGCACGCUAUCGACGGGCCCCUCAUCCACGACAAAACGCCCUGCUGGCUGGUUCCUUAUCAACCGGGCUAUGUUGGCGGAUGGGGCGUUCCGGAUGUGAACGGGGAGUCCGCCCUGCCGUUCCACAAGUACGAGUCGCGCGAAGAAGUCGCGCUCGGGGCCAGGAUGUGGUACACCCGUUCCUGCUUCUUCGGCUCGGGGCACUUCGACCGGGAGGCGAUCCAGAAAGCAGUCCCCAACACCGUGCUUCAAGCAGUCUACGCCCUGCUCGACGUUCUUGUAACCGUGUGCCACGAGAUCUGGGUCGAAGGCCGCUACCACACGCUGGUGCCCUGGCCGCUCCAUCCCUUGGUCGAAGCGAGCCUGAAGCUGAACGGUCAGAAGUGGCCUAGCCGUGCCGUCUACAACCUGCUCGGGAUCUUCAAGGAUUUGCGCAACGUGGCGGCGAAGGACCCGGCGCUCCUCAAGUGGUGGUCGGAGGUUGGGUGGCGGCUGCUCGACGGAUCGGAGAAGUGGCAAACGAAGACUAGCAGCCCGAUAGUGUCGACGAAGGGAAAGGCGGGAUCCCAGUCGAAAGCUGCGUCCUCUAGCCCGGCGAAAGUGGGGGCUGCGGCAGCUCCUCGGAGCGGUUCCCGGGGGCAGAAGACGCAGACGGAUACGGACAAGGCGGAAAGGGCAGAGCCACAAAACGGAAUGGAGAGAACUGGUGAUAAUACCGGAAAACAGGAGCAGACGAGCGCAGGGGCUGAAGGAGGUUUUAAAAAGGAGGAUGCUGAAGAGAGGACGGAUGCAAGCAAGGCCAAAGGCGUAGAAGCACAAUCAGGAGCUGGGCCAGGGGUUGCACUCAAGAGUUUCGAAGGUGCAGUCACUGAAGUCAAGGCCCCAAGAAUAGCCCGAAGAAAGGGGAGAGUCGGCUCGGACGUCCAAGUGGCCACCUCCGAAACUCCAGGCGUCGGAACCUCCACAGAGAAGGAACCGGAGCAGGAUUCCGUCAAAGCUAGUCCACCUGCAGAAAGCGUGACAGUGGACGAUUCCAAGCCUGUAGCGGAAGAAGCUGUUUUAGAAAGCAAGGAGCUUGCGGUAUCCGGGGCCGUGGGGAAGCCAGUCGAGCAUCCUCCGGGCUCCGCUUCGGGAGUGCUAAGCGAGAGCACGAUUGCGGGGGCAGUCGAGGCCUGCCAGCUGUCAGCCGCAGCGACUGAGCUCCUCUUAAGGUCAACGAAGAACGUCGCAGGCCUUGUCGUCACUUUCCUGGAGGGCGAAGGUUAUAAGAUGGCCUCGCAGAACGGGACGCAGAGGGUCACGGUGGGCGAUUCAGUAUCGCGCAUACUCUUCAAACUCUCCCCGACGGCAACUUCGCCGGCACUUUGUACACUGCUCUUCCUCACCUUGUCCCUGUACGCUGUGGACGUCGACUCCGACAAGGGACUUCUGCUCCAAUACUGCAAGCUAAUUGCAAGCCGAGCGGGCCUCUUUGAGAGCUUGUAUCUCAGCAGCUUCAUCUCUUACGUCUGUAUCGCUGCGGCUGCGAAUUUGCGGGAGGUCAUCAUUCAGCGCGCUACAAUCCAAGCCCUGUCCAAGCUGGUCUCCUCCGCCACGGACAUCGACGGGAUUCACGCCUUGCCAGCUGUCAUGGGGGCGAUGGCUGCUCACCCUCAAGACGUCCAAGUCCAAUACCUGGGUUUUUCCUUCCUCGCCGACCUAGCGAACAUGGCCUGCUCAAACCGGCGGUGGAUGAUGGCGGUGCUUGGAGCAGCCUCUUCAGCGACAGCCGCAAUGGUUCUAGGCCGGGGCAACGAGAGCAUGCAGAAGAAAGGCUGCCGCCUCAUCCGGAUACUUGCAGAGUCUCUCCUGUCUAAGCCGGAUUCGACGGGUACGGUGACGGAUGCAGCGAAGACGGAGCAGGAAGAUAGAUCCAGAAAGGUUUCUGCUCCUGCACUCGUGCCGCUGCAUAGUCCUGACUCUGCCUUAAAGCGCUCACGAAGGGGGACAAGAUUCAUUCAGACCUUCGACGACAUCUUCUCUGCCGUUCGGAAGGCGUUGGAAAGUUCUCCCGGAUCGACCGAACAAGUGAAGAAAGACUGUCUUAUGAAGCUGAUGGCAUACACGAACAGUGAAACAGCGGAGCUGAUUUUCUCCUCUCUCAGUGAUUACGCGUCCGCGGUGUUGACCGGCCAAGUCGAGCUUCCCCCUUGGCGCGAGGCCGUCUCAGCAGUUUUCCAGGCUCUGAAGUCGUUCCCGCGAUCAAGGGCAGUGCAAGAAGAAGGCCUCGCAGCCUUGGCCGAGCUGCUUCAAGGCCCCUCCUGCAGGGCCGUGUGCCACACUUUCCAGAUUCUCCGGGAUUUCUCCAACCGGGAGAGCGCAUCCCAGUGCUUCAUGCUGGACGAUCUGAGGGGGGUGCUUGUAAGAGUGGCUGUCAAUUUCCCUCAGGAUUUGCAACUUCUAGGCUCGUCGGUCAAGUUGCUCAGGCAACUCUUUGAGAAGCAAAUACCCAAGUUCGUAGCCUAUCCCGUCACAGCCGUUUCCUACUAUCAAGAGGCCCCCCAAACCAAGUCUUCUCCCUUCUUCGUGUCCACGUAUGUGCCCACGACUUCGCACACAGAGCGGCUGCCAAGGUUAGGCCCGAAGUUUGCCCCGUGGAUCACCAGCUUUGAUGGCACUGCUUGUAGCCUGUCAGCGCCCGGCCAUCCUCUUUGGACAGACAGCUUCCUCGAGUUCCCUGAGUCGUUGAUGACCCGCCCCUUGUCUCAGUACUGGAACCAGCACAGAGCAGGGCUGAAGUCAAAGAAGCAGGAUAGAAGUCAGCCGGCAACUCCGCCCGAUCCCCCUGUGCUUUUCAGCAAUCUCUGCGAGGCUGAAGCAUACUUCAGCUCGGAAUCGUUUGCGAUAGCGCUCCAGAGCAUGCAGCCUCACUGCAGGGCAAUGGCAGUUGAGUUCGUCAAGCUGGUAAAGUCCUUAGUGGCAGCUAUAGCAGCAUUGGAGGCCGUUGCAGUACCACCUUCGGAGGCCGCGAAAGACGCUAAGAACGAAGAAGUCCGGCUAGCGGAGCCCUUCUGUGCAGAACUGGACCUGGUGGAGCCGGCCUGCGUUCUCCUGGAGGCAACGGAGAAUGUUCUGUUCAGCGCAACGAACGAAUUGAAGAUUGCCUUGAGCAGCGCGGCUGCGGCGAGCGAGAAGGCGGCAGGCAACGAGAGUGCUCGGGAACGGUGGCAAAGCUUCGUUGACGCCACGGAAGCAGGGCGGGAUGAGCAGCGGAAAGCAAGGGACGAGCUGCGCGAAGGUGGGAAGGCUAGCGAUGAAGGCUCUCCUUCGAACGAUGAAGGGCAGGCACGAUCAGAGGAAGUUGAGACGGUGCCAGGGGGAAGCCAAGCGGCCGUCGAGGGGCCUGCUAAGGAGCCGGGCUCGAAAGAAUCAAGAGAAGAAAGCAAGGAGAGUUCUGGAGAAGCUUGCAAGGCGCACGCACUGAGCCCUGAAGAGGAGUCGCUGUUGAGUGAGCAAGCGGCAGCACUCGUUUCAAGCCUGGCAGACCUCUGUCAACUUCCGGUGGCGCUUCGGAAAGCUGUGCAAGCCCUUAGGCCUCUUCUGACAACAGCACGUGCCGCCGAAACAGUAGCUUUGGCUGCAUAUGUGCUGUCCUCAGUGUACUCAGCUUGGAGCCGGUUGGAGCCGGCACUAGUUGGGGAGAUGCUAAUCGACAGGCCCUGGUUCGCGGCGUUUGUUCCACCCCGGUGUGAGAAGCUGCUCGCCGUCAGUUGGAAGGAGUCGGGGGUCGUGGAGCUCUUCGAGAUUCUAGAAACCUGGGGCGAGACGGAAGAGAAAUGGACUGCCGCACCAGAAGAUGCAAGACAUCAAGUGGUAGCAGCCGUCCAUGCUUUCGCGUCCCUUUCGCCGACUUUCUCCACUGAUGCAUCGGAGCUCCUCGCAUCGGGUGGGUUGCCACGUGUGUUGUCAGGAGUGGCUGCUGCUUUGCAUGUGAUGAUGGGCGAGCCAGACCAAGACACGCAAGACUUUUGCACGGGGGCCAUGAUUCUUUUGGCGAAAAACCACCCGCGCGUCCUCACACGGGGUUUUGCUGGUGCUUGGCUGGAGGACUUGGAAUCUUGUCUGGCGGUUCUGAGGCUGCUGACGCAACCUGCCGCGGCCGCGGACCGCAGCUGGGACGUUGUCUCCACCUUCCUCGACGUUCUUCGCACCAAGCGCAGCGACAUCCACCGGCUCGUCAAGAAGCUCAAGCGCGGGAGCAAGCAGGGCGCCAAAGACCUGCGGGACCUGAUCCCCGAAACGCCCGCAGAUGUGCCGCUGACGCUGCUGAGGCUGCGGUCGGAGAAGCUCUGGGAGGGGGGUCUGAGCGGGGAGGGGCGACUGGAAGAGCUGUUUCCACUGGAGGAGGUCGCCUCGCGCCUCUUCGAAGCGGUCCAAAAAGCGGCGGUCAAAAGAGCGGGUGGAGAAGCGGCCGGGACCGGUGGCAGCCCCGAGAAAGCGGUCGAGCGGCUUCAGGAUGCGGCCGCCUCGCUUACGUCAUCGACAAACGGAGGGAACAGUCAGCCAAACCAGACGGCGGCCGAAGCGCCAGCAAAGCUUUCUCCCAGGGGGGACAACCGGUGGACCGCCCUACAGCCGCUGUUUGACAGCUGGGCUCAGCCGGUCGUUUGGGACGCGGCCUUCGAAACGAUGGUGAUAAAGUGCGGGGAGGAGGUGAAGGGCGGGCCGCCGCUCGGGCUGUUCCGGACCUGCCUUCUGGAGUGCAUGGAUUCGGAGGCGCUGGUGUUCGCGCGGGAGCUGACCCAGAAACUAGCCGACGAGCCUUCCCCCGGCCGAAACCUGAGGGCGCUCUCCCAGCUGUUUGCCGUGGUCGGCCACGCGGCGCGGGACCGGCCGGAAAGCGCUGCGGUCUUCAUUGCGUCUGGCCUGGUAUCGGAGAUCGGUAUAACGAUGACCCGGUUUGCGCCGGGGGGCGAGGCUUUCAGCGGAGGUGAGGAAGUAGAAGGGGCGGAGGAGCGGCUGGGCGAUCUGCAGAGGGACGGGGGCUUUGCGCUGUCUGCAAUUCUGAGCAAAGCAGCGGCCGAGCGGAAGAGCGGGGAAGCAGGAGAGCGCCGAGUGCUGACGCAGCUGCUCGAGAGCUGUGAGGACGCCACCUUCGAGGUCCUGCAGUCGGCUUACUGGAAGUACACCCCGGCGGAGCUCCCGGAGGGGGCUGCGGAGGCAGGCGUUUCGACCCCCCUGGAACGAGCAGACUUGGGGGAGGGCGGAAAGGUGCGGCCGAGGAAGGACGUGAGGGACGCUGCGCGCAUGGGGCUGCUGAAUCUGCGCGCCCUUCUCCCAGAAACUUCCCCCAAGUUCAAGGCGAUAUCGAGCCUGUGUCUGGCGCAUGAUGCCAUUGUCGCGGAUCAAGCAGAGGCGAUGGCGCUCGUGACCCGGGCUGACUGCCUUCAAGAGGAUGGCUUCGACCGCUCUGCGGCCUGGUACUGCGACUUCUGGAAGCGGGACUGGUUGCUGCCCUCGGACCUGCCAAGCACGGAAAUCGAAACCCCCUCAGCCGCUGAUCUGGAGCCAAGCAAGGCGACUGCAACGGAAGCAGAGUCCGUCCCUUUCGAUGAGACAACCACUGUUCCUGGUCCGGAAAGCGCAGUGGAAGCCACAGCGGAGCCUGCCGAAGCGGGGGGAAGUGGGGGAUCCCCUCCGAACCAGAGCGCGUCCGAGCGCGGGGUUUCUUCCAUAGUCAGCGGAGGAGGGCAGGAUGCCGACGCCCGGGGCAGCGCCGAGCUGUCUGAGCCCCAGCAAAAAGAGGUUUCUCAGGAACAGGCACUUCCUCCCGACCCGAAGCAACUGCUUAUUGCCCAAGUAAAGGGGUUCGGUUCCGCCGCUGUGAGAAAGGAGGCCCGUCUUGGUGAGGAACAGAAAGCAUCCGAAGCAGAACUCAACGAAGAUCGGCAAGUGGCUGCGGUUGGUCCUUCAGAAAGCAGUCCAGGGGGGCUAGAUCCAGAAGCACAGUCUGCUGGUGCUGCUGGCGGGGGGGAUGCGAUCGCGCCGUGCAAAAAAGCGUCCAAAAAGAAGAAGAAAAAGAAGCAGAGCAGGCAGGCAGCUGUGGAGUCCAAAGAGGUUCAGCCGAAACCUUCGGAGGGCAGCAACGUGCCCUCGCAGCCCGGAACCUCGGUUGACCAAGCUGAGAAUCCCCAAAGCCCUGAGGCGGCCUCUCCCAGUGAGCUGGAAGCGGGGUGUUCACAAGAAGCCAAGCGGGAAGAAAGUCAAUGUCUCUCCUCCGGAGCACCAAGGGAAGGGGCGGAGGAAGCAGCGGUCAGCUCGCUCCUGAAGGAAGCUGCAUCAAUUCUGGAGCAAACUGGGGCGCCGCUUUCCCAAACGGCUCCACGCUCGAAGUCGGUGACGGAGUCUGCUAAAGCGAUGGACGCUGUGAGGGAACUCGUGAGUCAGUUGCCACCUGCAGAGCGUCCUUUGCAGACUGCGUUGGAAGAGCUGAUGGCAAAGGUGUUCAGCUUUGCCACAAAGUGUCAGGAGCUGAAGAAGGAGACUGUCGAGCAAUUCGUUCCGGCAGUCGGUGCUUCUUCGCGCGCUACUACAGAGACCCAGGGACGUGCAGAGGCAGACGGUCAAGGGGAGCUUGUUCAUAGGAGCCGGUUUGAGGGAACGAAAGUCAAGUGGUUUGAAGGCAUCCGCUUGUUGCUCGACGAAGGCGAAGAGCUGCUAGAGAAACUCCGACGCUUCCUUCGGGACCCGUCUUGGGGACCAAAGGUCAAGAGCCAUGAAGUCAUCCAUUUGUCGCUCAACGAGGGCGAAAAGGUGCUGAAGAAACUCCGGCGCUUCCUUCGGACCUUAGCGGAGGGAAAGGGGAAAGAUCCGGUCAGUCUAGCGAAGGCGUUAGGAAAUUACUUGAGCGGAGGGAGCCUGCGGGAAGGGGAGAAGGAGCCGGAAGUGACUCAAGGAAGCGCCAAAGGGAGUGCGAAAGGCCCAGAAGGGAAGAAGGCAAUGGCGGGCGUGGAAAUGGUGUUCGAAUUCGAAGAGGGGGCAAGCUCGGCAGACGACGCUUUGAACAUUGCCCCGUUCGUCUUUGGAAGCGCGUCGGAGUCGGUCGCGCGGGCUCAGAAGGAGAGGGUGCGGAAGCGGCGGACGCAGAAAGGAAAGAAGGGUGGCGCCGAGGAAGGGGAGAAACGCUCAUCCAUUCGCGUGCUGCGGUCGCCGGGCCGCUCCAUGCAGCUGGCAUUCUGGGCCGAAGGGAAGCACUUUGCGGUGCAAUUGCAGAACGGUGGCAAGGAGGAGGCAGGGCCGCCGCUCACGAGCUGCGCUUUGCUGGAAGAUUUAACGGGGCGGAAAUGGACCCUCCCACAGAACGUCAGCAGCGCCCUGGUGACGGUGUCGAGCGACGGCGGCGCAAGGGACGGCAGCGAGACGUACCUCUGGGAGCCGGAGAAUGCGCGCGCGGGCCGGGCGGAGUCGGUGCGGAAGGUCUCGGCGGAGGAGGCGGAAGCUUUGAAGGGGGCGGGAGAUAUGUCGUCAGAAGGCCAGGAGCUGGGGAGCGGGACGGGGGAGGGCGCGGUCGAAUCUGAGGACGCAGCUUCGGGCGGGAGGAAACAGCCAGCGGAUGAUGAGAUGAUCGAAGGGAGCGCCGCGCAGAAACCAGAGAAGGAAAGCGUGGGGUGUAGUGAUGACGUGGCGGCGGUGGCGGGCGCUUUCAAGCGAAGCGGAGUGGAGAUGCUGCAGCAGGGAGUGCCUGUGAGUGCAGACGGAGAAGAAGCGGGGGCUGGGAAGGAUGGGAGAGGAGCGCAGGAGCUAGGGCGUGGAGAAGAGCCAAGCGUUCAGGUCGAGGGGAAGAACGGAGAGGCUUUGCAAUUGGGAGUGGAGGGCAAAGAAGCGGAGGCAAGUUGGAACUCCGAAGGAAAAGAAACGGCCGGCGCGGAAAGGAGGGGCCUAAUCGGGUCGGACGAGAUAAGCCUUCUCCAAGUUACUUCGAGUUCCGAAGAGACGGGCGCUGUUCCUGGCGCAGAACUGACGGAUGGCGGAACAGGGAGCCUCCGGAAGGAAUUCGAGCGGAGCGACAGCGCUACGGCUGGUAGAUUGGGGGCCAUCAGCGGAGUGAUGUCUACGCUUGCAGGAUCUGCCCACCAAUCGUCUUCUGAAUCCGACGUCAAAGGAGUCGCUCCCGAGGCUGUAGAAGACCCGCUACGCAUGUCCGAGCCGGCGCAGUCAACAAUUCAGAGCGAAGAAGACGUUGGCGAGCCAGCAGAGCCUGACGAGUUCGCUGUCCUGCUCGGGAUGCUGAAAGGGGAGGGGCCCGCGGCUGGGAAGUCCUCUCUUCUGGAAAGCGGGGCGUCGGAAAAGCUGCAGUCGAAGGGACCUCUGAUUGGAGAGAUCGAGAAGAUGGAGAAGCUAGCCGAGAAGACUUUGCCAGUGCCCCUGACGGAAGAGGUGGUGGUUGUUGCGCCGGUUUUCGCCAAUCCGAUGGGCUCCGCUCUGCUGGUCGAAGAGAGUCCCGGGGUGGGAGGGAGUGCUGACGUCGAAAGCGGAGGAGCUGACGUGGCAAAGCGGGAUGCUGAGAAGACGGAGCUUGGUCGGAGCGUUCCAGGGGGUCUGAGCGGAGCGGCUGAAUCUGGUCUUGACCCUCUCGAACCCUCCCGAGAAAGAGAGCAAACUCACCCCGGGGCUGGAGUGGUAGAGGUACAGGAGGGCCGGUCAGAACUGCCAACUGGAGGAGGGGAGGGGGAGAAGGGUGAGCUCGGACAAGCGGCGGCCGAUCUUCCUGAACCGGUGUCAAAAGAAGCCAACGGCGGGGAGGGGAUAACGGCUGAUGUCCUGAACGAGGGGACCGGAGAGGUGAACGGAGUCCCAGAGACAGCGGUUGAGACGUUAGUGGAGGAGUCUGGCAAGGUGAGCGGAGGGGCAGAGACAGCGGCUAAAUCUGAAGAAGCGGAGUCGGGAGAGACAAGUCGGGGGUCAGAAACAGCGGCCAAUGUUUCGGCAGUGGAAUCUGAGGAAGCGAACAGGGGUGUGGAGUCGACGGCUGUGAUUUUGCAGCAAGGCCCUGAGGAAGGAAAGCGGAGAGGAGGGACAGGGUCUGAAAUUCUGGAAGGGGAGCCGGGGGAAACGACUGGGGGACCAGGGACAGCGGCCGAAGUCGUGACACCGGAAGGCGAAGCGGCGGAAUCAGCGGCUAACCGUACGGAAGCGGAACCGGAACAGGCGAGGGCGGCGUCGGACACCUUUUCGGACGUACCCGACUUUGUGUCCGAGCCUGACGACGAGGCCUGGUUCGACGCGACGGACGAAGAGUGCGACGAGCCGUCGCCGCGGGUGGCCAAGGGCAGAGCGGAACUGUCGCCGGAAACGGACGGAGCGGAAGGGCGGACUUUCGAAAGAGGAGCUGCGGGGAAGGAAGCGGAGCGGGGCGAAGUGGUGAAGGAGGAGGUGGAAGAUACGGAAGUGGGCGAAGCGCAAAACGCUACUGGAGACGAGGUGGUCGAGAGUGCAAAUGGGGUUGCUUCAGUGGAGGUCCCAAAGGCGCAGCCGGACGGUGGAAUGGAGCAGAAAGCGGAGCCAGGAGAAGUGGAGCAGAAUGAAGCUGAGGGGAAGACGGUGGGACUGGAAGAAACAGCCCGUGAGGCUGACGACGCGGCGAAAGAGAAGGUUGGAAAGGACGCAGAGAAGCGGGUUGAGGCCCCAAAAGACGCAGAAAGGGAGGUGGAAGGUGACGAGAGACUGUCAGCUGCGCCUCUGUCUGAUCUCGCCAAAGCAGCAGGGUCCGUUGGCGGAAGCAAGGCGACCGGAGAACGGAAGACGGAGUCUGAGGGCAGGGAAGGCGCAACAAAAGAGGAGGGGGAAACUAGGAGGGCUGCAAAGGGAUCUGAGGUUUCAGGCGGGACAUCUGAAAAGAUGGUUGCAGUACCUCUGAGAGGAAAUGACGAAACGGCGGCAACCGGCGCUCAGGACGGUGAGGGGUUGGACGGUGAAGCUGGGCGGGCGGCAGAUACGUGGGCAGUGGGUGCGUCAAAAGGGGUUCAGAAUGGCGGUCCGGAUGAGAGGGGCGGGGCAGAUUCGGACGUUCCGGACUUCGUCUCCGACGAAGAAUCAGAGCCAGAAGAGAAGCCGGAAUACGCGGAGGCAACGAGCGGCUUGCCAGCGGAUCCGAAGGCAAACGGAACGGAGGAGCGCACGCUGCCGGCAGCCCCGAAACUGUCACGGAAGGCGGACGCUCUGCCGUCGGCAGAGCUUACAGCAGUCAUUCUGCCGCUUCCAAGGAGCUCUUCCGCCGGAAUCCUGCCGCUUCCGAGGAGCGCUUCACCCGGAGUGCUCCCGCGGCCCAGUUCUGCGGCGGGAGUUCUGGAGCGCCCUAGCCCUCCUGCGAUUCCGGUUCCGCCGGCUCCGCCGGUCCCAGAUGACCUGCCGGACUUCGUCUCCUCGGGCUCGGAAGCGGAGUCGUCUGAGGAGGAGAAUGGCGACACCACAGCUGACACACGCGGCCUGUCUGGUCGCCUUUCUCGGAUGCCGGCACCAGCGGUUGGACUUCUCAAGUCACUGCCCGAAAAGCGAGUGAAGGAGCCUAUUCCGCCGGGAUUGGAACGCCCUGGACGAACCGGAACGGUGCGAACAGGCGAACGGCGGGAACAAGUCAGAUUCGCCGCCGAAGUGACGAGCCCGCUGGAGCAGCUCCGUCAGGGGACGUACCAGCCCCCGCGCGUGCGCACGUCGUUCGUCGCCCAAACCCUCGAAAACCCCGCGAGUCCGCCCCUUUCCCCGCCACCGGGCCCCGAGCCGCCGGCCUCCGAACUAGAGGAGGGGGAUUUUAAGCCCGGGGACGAUGACGUCAGCGACGCUGACUCCGAAGGGUGGGUGACGCUGGGCAGCGAGCACGGCGGCGGUCACGACUGGCGCCUCGCACGUGACCUGUACGGAACGUUCCCCUACGAAGCGGGCUAUCGCAGCCUGGCCACUAGCGCGGAGAGCAGCCUGAGUCCGCCGAAGCGGCCGCUGAGACUGAGCCAGCAGGCCGCAGGAGUGGCUGGCGGCGGAGGGAGCGCGGGACUCGAGAGGGCCCAGGCUCCGGUCGGCGCGCGACUGGGAUCGGUACAGCAGCAGAAAAUCGGACCCGGUCUCAAUCAGGCUAACAUCAACGACGGAUGCUGGAUCGACGUGGUACCGCGCAAGAAGAAGGCCCAGCCCCCUUUGCGCCCCGGCCAGGACGUGCGCAUCAUGGAGGCCCAGUACUUUUCGGAGGCACUUCCGGCAGCGCCCCGCGCGCAUGCCAGGAAGAAAGUUCGUGGCGGCAGGAAGGUGCCGCACAGGCAGGCGGAGCUGAGGCACGCUCGAUUGAUGUCUGGUGCUGCACAGCUGCCUCUUCCCCCCGGCAUUCAGCCCCAUGCCCCGCGCCCUGCCGCUCUGCUCCACCCCAACCUCGGCCUCGCAGCCGCGUUCCCCCCGCUUCCCCCCCAUCCAAAACGCGCACAAGCGCGCCCCCAGCCGCCUUUGAACUCCCAAAAUCCAGCGCGCACCAAGGCGAACACCGGCAGGCAGUACGUUCCGGCCAAUACCACUUGGGCGGACAUUCCGGACCCGUCCGAUUCCGCAACGGACACCGGAACCCCGCUGGUUGGACGCCCCACGCACUCCCCGUUGGCUACUGAGGAACCCCUGGGAAGGAGGCGCGCUAUUCCGGACCCCAAGUAUCAGUUUCCGACUGAGAGACUGGCCCUGCAAGCGGGGCUGCCCAAUGAGAUCACUCGACAGGAGCCCCCCUCUCGCGUGGCACCUCGCCAGUACGCACCGUCCCUGCACGGGCCGUCGGCAAAAGCGCGGCCGGCAGCGCUCGGCGGGUUCCUGGGGGGGCACGUGUCGGACAGUGGGCGCGCGGAGCAGCCACGUGCGACCCGGCAGACGGCGCAGUACUUUUCGGACGUCGAGGGAGCGGGGGUGGACCCACGAGUGGUGGAGCUGAUUUGCUCGGCGGCGGACGUCCGAGCUCUUCGAUCACAAGAGCGUGCAGCCGCCCCUUCCCAGCUAAUUGCACACCCGCAAGUUCCCCCCGUCGGCAGACCCCCGAGGAGCCCCCAGAAGCAGAGGACCGACGCCGCCCAGAUCGGCCGCCGGGCGAACGAGCCGGUUAUGGUCCGGGCGGAGAGCAUAAUCAGCGACGAGGGUGCGGGUCGGCCACAAAAGGCGGCGAAGCGGCGGCAGGCGGAAGAGGAAGCGGACGACGCGUACUGCUGCAUCUGCUUCGAGAACCCCAAGAACGCGGCGCUGUCGCCGUGCGGGCACCUGCUGUGCGUCGAGUGCGCGGGGGUCAUGCACAAGACUAGGAAGACCUGCCCGGUGUGUAGCAAGAAGAUUGAGAGCGUGCUCAAGCUGUUCGACAGCGCGAUCAGAUUGCCAGCUCAUCUGAGAUAGGCCGCGUAGUGGUUCUGGCUUGAGUGGGCAGUAGACGCUCUUUCUGCAGUGUGACGACAAUGAUGGAUUCUCGUGUACAUUGGGCUGCUGCACGCAAAAAUCUUUCGCAUGUACUCUGGGUCAGAUGGAGAUACAGUAUGGUAAUCCACCAAGCGCGUUCCUUAUUUCAGGGAGUCGAACGAACACAUACGUAACGGCCUGAUUUCCCUAGCUGUCUAACGAAUCUCAGGCGUCAACAUAGCGCGCGGAGCCGCAUGCAGGCCCUGCAUGAUAAAUUUGAACCCGAUCAUUGCGUGGACGACAUAAUUCUAAGCAAUAUACCCUAUCGAAAAGGA